UGAAAUCAUUGAUUCUCUUUCACUUGUCUGUCUCUUUCUUCCUGUCUUUAUCUGACAGUGUCAUAAAUGUCUUGAUAAAUUCUCACACUAGAGUGCAGGUAUUGCCAAAAAAAACUUGUUAGUGCAAUAGCCAGAUCGGUUUUUAUUAGUGUUACAUACGAUAAAAGAUUUCUGUUGUUUGCUGAAACAUUUUCAGAAUAUAGGAACGUACACAUAGUAAUCUGAAAUUUACAUUUUCUGGCUUAAUAUACCAUGACAUCAAUAUCAUCUUAUUUAUAGUGAAGUAAAUCAUCAUUUUUUUGUGGCCACAAUAUUUUAAUGUACUGAAAAACGUAUUGAUCUCUAUGUAUAAAAAACACAUUACUGUUAGCUGCCGAAGCGUCUUGUCUAUAGCUUGAGGCGUUGCAUCAUGCAGACUUGUUCCUACAGGGCUGAGCUGUCCUGCCCACCCAGGUCCUACCAUGUUGUCAGGUGUCAGGGUGCUGCUUGGAGCAGCAUCUGACUCCUGUGUCGUCCCUCUCUACUCUCUGUCUCCAUCAGCUUGUCUCCCUCCCUCCUCACCCCUCAGACCAGCAGGGGUGCGGCCCAACACUUCCUCAGUAAACCUGACCCUGGAUGUGCACGGCAUUGUGGGCGGAAAACUACCUGGGCACUCUAUUUUAGCUCUAAAUGUCAAUAUUUGACUCCUCUGCUGUACAGGGUUACAGGUCCUGGCAUAAUGAGAAAAUAACCUGUUGGAUUCAUCGCAGACUCGCCUCUCGAGACUUUAAUGAUGGUUGAUAUUUUGUGUGUUUUGUCUGUGACAGAUGAAAUAAAGUUGCCCUUCGACAUGCCCUUCACAAUGCAAUGCAUUUCCUCUGAUUGUGUCUCUCUCUGAGCCCUCUCCCUGCCAGUCUGAGGGGUGACCACUUCCAUCAGGACCUUCACCCACCUCUCCUGCAAUAGUUGGCCAUGUUGAUGCCUGCCUGAUCUAAAAGCACUCACUGUGUGUAAUCCGUCUGAGAACUUGCUUCCUGACACACCACAUGUGGCCAAGUCAGUUCUCAGACAUCCAAAGUAUAUUUGAUUGAAAGCAAAUGAAUCAGAAAAUGUUUGACAUAGUGAUAAAGAAAAAAUAAAUAAAAGGUGUGAGUGCUUAUGACAAAAAAAAAGCAGUCAUCCAUUGAGAGUCAGGUUUUAUUUUAGGCACCAUAUUGGCUAACGUUAAUGUUCCCAUGAUACCUCAGUGUUGCUAUGGUAAACUCCCUUUUGCGUCCCUGCACCUCUGAAGAACAGCUGCUGUUUACCUACAGCUCCCCACUGCUCUGCCCACUGCUCUUCCCAGAUAAUCUUCCCCUUUCUGUUGCAGAUUUUGAAUCACUGCUGCCAAACAGUUUUGAGUCUGAAGGACAUGUGUUCAUUGCUCCCAGGGAAUACUGCAAUGAUCUGGAGCUGUCCAACAAUAACACUGAGUUCCUACUCAACUUUAUUGCUCUCAUGGAGAAGGUGACACCAGACUCCAAACAAUGUGACAGUUUGCUCCUUCAUAAUCUGAUUCUGGACACUGGCAUCAUCAGGCAGUUGGUUGAGAAGGUGUGGAAGAAUAAAGACUUGAACACAUACGGCUUUCUGGCUGUGUUUGCUGCAACAGAUGGAGGUAUAACAAGAGUGUUUCCAAACAAGGCUGCAGAAACCUGGGAGGAAGACCCUGAGCCAUUUAAUGCCAGCUAUUACCGCCGCAGUCUCGACAACAAGGGCUACAUCUUCCGAGCGCCUUAUCGAACAGGGAUCCUGGUCAGCACGGCUGUGGAGAUCACAAUAGGAGUGAAGACCAUCAAACCUGCAGUGGUUGGAGUCAAACUAGACCUUGAAGCUUGGACGGAUAAGUUCAAGAUUCUUGCCAGCAACCAUACGGACAACCGUCAAGGCUCAAAUACGGAUCUCCUGUGUUAUUUAUUAGAUGAUGGUGGAUUUCUAAUCAUGUCCAAUCAGAAGGAUGACUGGAACAAGGUAGGAAUGUUCUUCAGCGAUGUCGACCCCUACUUGAUGUUUGCCCUCUACAACAAUUCGUUCUACAACCGCAAACAGUCCUUUGACUACCAGUCGGUGUGUGAACGGAUGCCCAACAGUGAAGCUGGAGCUGCACCCAGACGAGUGUUUGUGCCCACUAUUGCAGAUUUUGUAAACCUGGCUUGGUGGACAUCAGCAGCUGCAUGGUCCUUGUUCCAACAGUUUAUAUAUGGACUGGCUUAUCACAGUUGGUUUGUCACAGACGACGUGGAUGCAGAAGGAAUCGACUCCAAAGAGAGGAGCUGUGUAAUGAUCCAGACCCAGUACUACUUAAGUAAUCUCAGCAGCUCCUACAACAUACUGCAAGACUGUGGCAACUGCUCCAGGCUGAUUCAUGCCAAGAGGAUAAACAACACCAACUUGCUGUUUGUGGUGGCAGAGAAGAUGCCAUGCAACACCUGCGAGAUAGAGAAGCUGUCCCAGGAGGAGGAGGAGUUCAUAGGUAUUAAUGGGACUUCCCAUCAUGGCAAGUUGGAAGUCCUGAGUGCCACGCUACCACAGCUCGCUUCAGUUCCUAUCGCUUAG